AUGGCCAGCGAGGGGCAUAAGUUUCGCUCCACUCCUGCAGUUAAGGAGUUUGAGGAACUUGCCCACAUCAAAGCUGAAAGCGGCAGAGACAGCUCCAAUUAUGACAUUUGUGCCCAAGCUCCCUGUGAACAACAAUGCACGGAUAACUUCGGCCGUGUGCUGUGCACGUGCUACCCAGGAUACCGAUAUGACCGAGAGAGACACCAAAAGCGGGAGAAGCCAUACUGCCUGGAUAUCGAUGAGUGUGCCACCGGCAACACCACUCUGUGUGCACAUACCUGCAUCAACACCAUGGGCAGCUACCACUGUGAGUGUCGGGAGGGCUACAUCCUUGAGGACGAUGGGAGGACCUGCACGAGGGGAGACAAAUACCCCAAUGACACUGGGCAUGAGGAGAAGUCCGAGAAUGAGGUGAAAGCUGGGACCUGCUGUGCCACCUGCAAGGAGUUCUCCCAGAUGAAGCAGACGGUGCUGCAGCUGAAGCAGAAGAUUUCUCUGCUCCCCAACAAUGCCGCCGAACUGGGCAAGUAUGUCAAUGGUGACAAGGUGUUGGCCUCGAACACCUAUCUUCCAGGACCUCCUGGCCUGCCUGGGGGACAGGGCCCACCUGGCUCACCAGGACCCAAGGGGAGCCCUGGAUUCCCCGGUAUGCCAGGCCCUCCUGGACAACCAGGCCCACGGGGCUCAAUGGGACCUAUGGGACCAUCCCCUGACCUGUCUCAUAUUAAGCAAGGCCGGAGGGGCCCUGUGGGUCCACCAGGAGCACCAGGAAGACAUGGCUUGAAGGGGGAGAGAGGAGCACCUGGGCCCCCAGGGUCUCCGGGACCCCCAGGUUCUUUUGACUUCCUGCUGCUGGUACUGGCCGACAUUCGAAAUGACAUCGCAGAGCUACAGGAGAAAGUGUUCGGACAUCGGAUUCACUCUUCUGCAGAGGACUUCCCCCUACCUCAGGAAUUCUCCAGCUACCCAGAGACCCUGGACUUUGGGUCUGGAGAUGACUAUUCCAGAAGAACUGAAGCAAGGGACUCUGAGGCCCCGAGAAACUUUUAUCCAUAG